ACGUCAUCAAAGAGCGUCGAAGAGGAACCAAGGCGUGCAGCAGCUAUGGCGCUGUUCCACAUAGCGCGGUACGCGGGCCCGGAGGCUGCGGGGCUAGGGGAUACGGAGGCAGAGGCCGGAGGCCGAGCUCGAGUGCUUCUGGAGCGGCUGCAGAACAGAGCCCGUGAGCGGCAGCAGCGGCAGCCGGAGCUCGAGUCCACCGGGACGGCUGCGGAAGCGCCAGUUAGACGGCGACGGCGGCCCCGACGGCGGCGUGGGGUGAGCGGCUCGGUGGCUGAGAAGCCGGAGGCUCCUAGGGCUAAGCGGCAGAAAGUGGAAGACGACGUGGACGCAGGGAGAGGUGAGGAGACGCCGGAGGAGCUCAGUGCGGGUGCAGAGGACCCAGGUGAGAGCCCUCAGGAGGAUGUCCAGAGACCCCCAGCUCCAGGCCGGGUGUUGGGGGACUUUGCAAGGAAGAAGGUACCGAAGGUCCAGCCUUUCCUGCCAGCAUGGUUGGCCAAGCCAAGCUGUGUCAAGAAGAGUGUCACUGAGGAUCUUACUCCUAUUGAGGACAUCCCCGAGGUUCACCCUGACUUGCAGAAGCAGUUGAGGGCUAAUGGCAUCUCUUCCUACUUUCCAGUCCAGGCAGCUGUGAUUCCCGCCCUCCUUGAGAGUGCUGACAAUGGAUUUCUCGUAGGCAGAGGUGGCUACCAACCUAGUGACCUCUGCGUUUCUGCCCCAACAGGCAGUGGGAAAACACUGGCCUUUGUCAUCCCCGUGGUGCAAGCCCUGUUGCAUCGAGUGGUCUGCCACAUCCGUGCGCUGGUUGUGCUUCCCACUAAGGAGCUGGCCCAACAGGUGAGCAAAGUAUUCAACAUCUACACGGACACCACACCUCUGCGGGUUGCCUUGGUGACUGGACAGAAGUCACUGGCCAAGGAGCAGGAGAGCCUUGUCCAGAAGACAUCAGAUGGUUUCCGUUGCCUGGCUGACAUUGUGGUGGCCACACCUGGCCGCCUGGUGGACCACAUUGACCAGACUCCAGGAUUCAGCCUCCAGCAGCUCCGCUUCCUGAUCAUUGAUGAGGCUGACCGGAUGAUAGACAGCAUGCACCAGUCCUGGCUGCCACGAGUGGUGGCGGCAGCCUUCUACACUGAGGACCCCACAGGCUCCUGUGCCCUGCUCCAGAGGACACAACCCCAGGCUGUGACUGCUUCCAGCACCUGCAUUCCCCAGAUGCCUCUGCAGAAGCUGUUGUUCUCAGCCACACUGACCCAGAACCCUGAGAAGCUGCAGCGCCUCGGCCUGUACCAGCCAAGGCUUUUCUCCACAAGGCUGGGACACCAAAGCCCUAGAGACACAGUUGAGGUGGAUGAAAACCUAGGGAAGUACACCUUCCCUGUGGGGCUCACGCAUCACUAUGUGCCAUGCAGACUCAGCUCGAAGCCACUCAUUGUCUUACACCUGGUCCUUGGGAUGAACUUCUCGAGGGCUCUUUGCUUCACCAACUCCCGAGAGAAUUCCCACAGGCUCUUCCUGUUAGCACAAGCUUUUGGGGGUGUGAGUGUGGCUGAAUUCUCCUCCCGCUAUGGGCCUGGACAAAGGAAGAAAAUCCUGAAGCAGUUUGAACAGGGAAAGAUCCAGCUCCUUAUCAGCACAGAUGCUACCGCUCGAGGCAUUGAUGUGCAGGGUGUGGAGCUGGUGAUCAACUAUGAUGCUCCGCAGUACCUGAGGACCUAUGUGCAUAGGGUAGGGAGAACAGCCCGAGCUGGGAAAACUGGACAGGCCUUCACACUUCUCUUGAAAGUGCAGGAAAGGAAGUUCCUUCAGAUGGUGUCAGAAGCUGGGGUGCCUGAGCUGGCAUGCCAUGAGGUCCCCAGGAAGCUCCUGCAGCCACUGGUUGCUCGUUACGAGACAGCCUUGUCUCAGCUGGAGAAAACUGUCAAGGAGGAACAAAAGCUGAAGGCAGCCUAGAUGGGAACAUCCUGCUGACGUGAAUUCUUCCUGUGAACAGAAGAUAACAGUUCCUUGGGGUUCCAAUGGGAACAACCCUUCUUCCCAACAUUGUGGGCAUCUGGUCGUCUUGGGACAGGCAGCCUAGAUGGUGGCCUGGUCCUGAAAAGUAAUGGCCCUUGGAUUGGACUGCUGGUGUCCAGUUGAUCUUCAGAAAUAAGCUCAGGCGAAACUGAAGGAAGCCCUCGAGAGUGUGACCAAAAACUAUGGUGACUACAGAUUAAAGUGUUUAUCUGUUAGCAUCACGCGUCUACAGAGAUGUUAUGGUGGGCCUGUCCCAGGCAAGUCAUUAGAGGAAAGAACAGGUUGAAGAUUCCUUGGCCGCUAGUCUUCAAGAUCGUACUUUAUAAUCAGCCACCACCCAUUUAAGUUCUUAAAUGGUGGGAGAAUCCUUCCCUGAGCAUUGUCAAGGAGACUUAGCACUUACCUGUGCUUAUAAGGAGGCCUGUUUUUGAAAAGUCUGUGUGUCAAAAAAGGUAAACUAUUUUCAUUUGUAUUCAGAAAAAAAAAUAAAAUGAAUGGAUCACUUGAACUCAUA